UUUUUCAAUAAAGAGUGUUAAAAAAAAUGACCACGUGGUAGGACGGUCUUUUGUGAUUGGCCGGACCGUGAACGCCACCACCCAAGAUGGCGCAGCCUCGACUGGAGCACGUCGUCGCGGACGCGGCAGCAUUUUUGAAACAAGUUCCUCUUCAGGACAUCGCGAACAACGUGUACAGCCUGAAGGACGUCUUGGACGAGAUCCGGGACAAGCCCACCAGGAGGAGUCUGGCCUUCCUUCCCUACCAGCUGGACCUCAGAGAGCCUCAAGCGGAACACAUCCGAUCGGUGACGGAGUUCUCCAAGAAGACGGGAGAUUAUCCCAGCCUGUCGUUGACGGACAUCAAGGUGGCGGCGCUGACGUUGCAGCUGGAACAGGAACACGUGGGAACGCGACACUUGCGCAAGGAGCCCCGCGUUCAGGUUCACGUGAGCGGCACGCGCCUCCACCCGGAGACGCCCGUGGGCGUGGCGGGAUUCCACUUCCCCUGCCAGAAGGUCGGCCGGGCGGCCCCCUCCCCCGCGUCCCCCGACGCCUCGCCCGAAUCGUCCGCCGACUCCUUCAACAGUUUCCAGUUCUGGAGGGACGUUCUUCCCAGCAUCGAGGCGGACCUGCGCGUAUUGUUGGGGGAAGAUGGCGGCCAAGAAGAAGAUGCAGGAGGCGACGAAGAUGACGACGACGACGACGACGGCGGAGGUUGGAUCACGCCCAGCAACAUCGGGCAGGUGAAGAUGGACUCGUGCGACGAUCGGGCGACGGCCGACCAGGUCAAAGUGGGCUGCAUGACCUCGGACUUCGCCCUGCAGAAUGUUCUGAUCCAGAUGGGACUUCACGUGGUGGCGCUGAACGGAAUGUUGAUCAAACAAGCUCGCAAUUACAUCCUCAGAUGUCACGCCUGCUUCACGACCACGAGCAACAUGAGCAAACAGUUUUGUCCAAAGUGCGGCAACCGAACGCUGAAGAAGGUCAGCGUCAGCGUCGACGAGGACGGCCAAGUGCGCAUGCACUUCUCCAAAAACCCCAAAGUGCUCAACGCGCGAGGCCUCAGGCAUUCCUUGCCGUUGCCGCGGGGCGGCAAGCACAGCCAGAACCCGCACCUGUGCGAAGACCAGCGCUUCCCUCAGCAGCGUCUGUCCCGCAAAGCCCGGCAGAAGACGGACGCCUCGGACCCGGACUACGCGGCGGGCGGCGCCUCCCCCUUCUGCCAGAACGACGUCUACAGCCGCGCCGCCGGGCUCAAGCUCCGAGACGCCGACAGCGGCGCCGGACGCCGCAGGGCCAACCCCAACGCCGCUCGCGCCAAGUACACCAAGUGAACUCCGAUCACUGUCGUGGCGUUUCUGAUGACAUCCGAUAAGAUGAGCAUCUUUCAUCUUGAAUUGUGGGACUUUGACCACAAAGCAGCCAAUCGGGAAUCAGUCGACAGGAAGCGCGUUUGAUUUGGUUAAGAUUUGGAAAGAGGGGGGGGGGGGAUGGAUUAAUUGGGGCAUUCUGCUAAGGUGCCAUCUUGAUGUCAUCAUGAAAUCUGAAAUAAACCAUGAUGACUGUCACUUUUUCUCUGGGAAUUUCAAAAUAUCUAACUUUUUGACACUUUUGAACACAAAGGAAAAUUGUCAUCUCCAUAAAUUUUGGCCUUUUUUUUUUUUUUUUAAAUGGGGCAUUCAUUCCUCGAUGUGUUAGCAUUUCAACACGCUUUGUCAUUUUAUUGCUUCACCAAACUAAAUGUGGUUGAUUCCAAAACUGUCCCAUUCUAACCCAUCCUGUGAAUGCCGAAGCGACCCAAACAAGGCUUUGUUCAUUUGAAACACCGCACAAGGGUUUCGAGAGGCUGUUACGUCUGGAUUUAAAAGAAAAAAAGACGUAUUCAGCCCAUGAAAAAAUAAGUCCCACCCGAGACGAGGCCCUCGCCUGUCAACUAUUUGGCUGAAUCCUGUUUUGGACGACGUUCCCGUCCGCACGCGCGUAUUCCGCGGGCACACGAGAACUGCGUGAGGCGACCGGACUGGCGUCGUGCCUGGAAAGCCGACCGCAGACGCGCGACUACCUUUGAGCGGAUUGAUGAAAAGCUCAGAAGGAGCGACUUUGUGUCUCCGUGGAUCAAGACAAAGCCCACGACCCAGCGCCAAGAGCGGAACCGUGGUCUGGGUUGGCACAGAAGUGCGCUUCGAUACAAUACGGGACGCGUCGGGGAUCGGCACCGGGCCCCUUUCUGUUUGGCUAGGACGACGCGUGAGGUGGGACCGGAAUCCCCUUGGACCGACAUCCAACAGCGGAGGCAAGCACAGGAACGAAAACUCAUCCGAGAGAAUAGACAGAAUGUGCACCGACUUGAAAUCCUUCGACAGCGCAGCAAGGGCGAGUGUGCCGAGGAAGCAAAGAAAAUGACAACUGUUCCCCGUGUCUCUUAUCUGGAAAAGUGGACCACAAAAGGAUGAAGAGGAAAGUCACGAUGGAGCCGUCACCCAAGAGACGGAAGUCUGCCAACGUUUAAAUGCGGUGGGCGGAAGCUUGACGGAGGCGUGGAGGGAAGACCGCGAUGCACGAAGAGACGCUGACGUGGAAAAUGAUGAGGGGGGGGCCCGGGACACCCCCCC